CUGUAAAGAAGAAGCCAAAAUGGCCGCUCGGAGGAACCUUCCACCAGUACCAGUCCCCCAGGGCCUACCUCCUGUCCCUCAGUCUCCUCACCCAGCUCUUAUUCAAGACGAAAAGAUCAACAUGGACAUAUUGAUGCCUACUGGCAUGCUUAUAACCCUCGCCUGCUACAAACAAGCAUCUCUAUCGGAUAUAAAGGCUGCCGUGUGGCAAGAGGCCCGUAACCAGCCGUUAUUUGAAAUGAUCAAGGACCAGAGCUUCUACUCCUUCUUUGGUAUCACUGCUGAUGGUAACAAGGAAGAACUGGUUAAUGAGUCACACAGUUUGGCUGACAUUGAUCUGUUUGUUCCGCUUCUGAAGCUGAAAGAGAGAGCAGGAGACAUGAAAGAGAAGAAACUCAAUGCCGAGAUCGGGGCUCUCAUCGGUCGUAAACUGGCAGAUUUCGACGUGAUGGAAGCCGAGGUCCAAGACUGUCGGCGUCACUGGCUGUUCGUGUGUGAGGAGGUUCUUAAUUUGCGUCAAAUGAAUGAUGAGACUUUGAGAAGGUAUAACUUCUCUGCUCUUACUGUAGGACCAGAUGAGCCAAACCUCAGCCAGCAAGCACUGAAUGGUGAGCUUGAAGUCAGUUUCCUUAAUGCCCGUGGUCAGAUGUACCCGCUGAAGUUACCCUUUUCCUACGACAGGUCUGCCUCUGACCUCAUUAAUCUCUCCUUCUCUCAGCCUGAGGUUCGGAAAUCCUUCAAGCGCUACCAACCGAAGGACUUUAGUCUUAAAGUCCAAGGAUCCGAAGAAUAUCUAUUGGAAAAUGUACCACUACAACAAUACAAGUAUGUUCUUCACUGCAUUGCACGUCACAUUCAGCCAAAAUUCUGCCUAAUCCCGUAUGAAGGAAUACUAACAGUUGAAAAGGACGUAUUUAUUCGUCCUAUUCAUGCACUUCAAUCUGGAAAGGAUGCAAAGUGGCAGUCGGACUGUGGCCCUUUUAAUUUGUCUCGUGGGACAAUCGGGAAAGAUCAAAUGUCUUAUAUAUCAACUUGGAACGUGAGGCAGACCUAUAAAAUUAAAGUUGUUGGAGCUGCUAAUAUCAACGUAUCUGAUACUAUGAAAGUUUAUGUGAGGGCUGGUCUUGGUCACGGCGAUCAAACUCUAUGUCCUACCACUUCAACUUCAAAGGGAGCAUCCCCCGAGAAACCAGAGUGGAACGAGCUCCUUGAGUUUGAUGUGCCUAUACUUGAAAUGCCUCGGAGCGCCAAACUCUGUUUCAUAAUAUAUCAGCAGAAACAGCCAGGACGAAAGAGCAAAGAAGAUGCUCCCUUGGCUUGGGUGAACUUGAAUGCGUUUGAUUAUGAUGGUGUCCUUCAGGCUGGCCGCUUUACUCUCAAUGCGUGGCCCAUCGAAGAUGAUCAUGCCAUUCAAGAUCAGUUAAACUAUAUUGGGUCUACAGUACCUAAUGCCCACCUUUCCAAAUCCAUUCAGUUGACAAUUGAGAUACCUCACUUCAGCUCAGUUCCUAUAUUGUUCCCUUCGGCUAGUGAGAUACAAGCCUUUGCUGUUGAAAUGGCCCAAGGCUCAGUUUCUUCAGCUCGUUUUAAUAACCAGGAGAUCGAUGAGCUUCGUCGAAUCAUAGAACAAGAUCCUCUUGACGAAUUGGAUGAAUCUGACAAAGAAAUUCUAUGGAAAAUGAGGAACGUGUGCUGUGACAGACACCCUGAAGCUCUGCCUAAGUUAUUGCAGUCAGUCACCUGGAGCAAUCGGAGUGAUGUAGCACAGGUAUAUUUGUUGCUGGAGAGGUGGUCUCGUCUCAACCCAGAGCAGGCUAUGGAGCUCCUUCAUUUCCAGUAUGCUGAUUUAGCAGUGAGACAGUAUGCUGUAACCUGCUUGGAAUCAUUGAGUGAUAAUAAGCUACUCAUGUAUUUGCUCCAGCUGGUUCAAGCUCUUAAAUUUGAGCCGUAUCUUGACUGCCCCCUGGCAGAGUUUCUCCUGAAGAAAGCUCUUAGCAAUAAAUCAAUUGGACACUAUCUUUUCUGGUAUCUCAGAGCUGAAAUGCAUCUACCUAUUGUGUCAGUACGUUAUGGUCUCAUUCUUGAGGCUUAUUGUAGGGGGUGUGGCCGCUACAGAGAGUCAUUAGCCAAGCAGGUUGAUGCUCUUGGUAAGUGGAAGCAGGUGACUGGUGAGCUCCAGAAGGUGCAGAAAGCGAAAAAGUCUAAGGCUGUGGACGAGAGAGAUUUCUUGAGGACUCCUCAUCUUCUGAAGGCAAUGGAAGACCUUCGGUCUCCGCUAAAUCCAGCCUUGAUGCUUAAAAACCUCCUUCCAGAUAAAUGUAAAGUGAUGGACAGCAAGAUGAGGCCCCUUUGGCUAUCAUUCGUCAACAUGGAUCCACUCGGCGGUACUGUACUACAGAUAUUCAAGAACGGAGAUGAUCUAAGGCAAGACAUGCUGACCCUACAAGUUAUGAACAUUAUGGACAACGUCUGGCGUGAGGCCGGCCUAGAUUUAAGAAUGAAUCCUUAUGCUUGUUUGUCGAUGGGUGACCAGGUUGGUCUGAUUGAGGUGGUGUUGGACUCCACAACUAUAGCUAAGAUACAGAAGCAGCAGAGUGGAGCAAGAGGAGCCUUUGAUAAAAAGUUGCUGUACUCCUGGUUGAAGAGUAAGAAUAAAUCUCAAGCAGAAUUAAAUAAAGCAGUUGAUAACUUCACAUUGUCAUGUGCUGGUAGCUGCGUAGCCACUUAUGUACUUGGUAUAGGGGAUAGGCACUCAGACAAUAUAAUGCUCAAAUCUAAUGGACAAUUGGUUCAUAUUGAUUUUGGUCACUUCCUUGGUAACUUUAAGAGCAAGUUUGGCGUGAAACGUGAGAGAGUGCCCUUUGUCCUUACUGACGAUUUUAUUCACAUCAUUACCAGAGAAGAAGGGAAGACAUCAUUUGAGUUUGUCAAGUUUAAGAACCUUUGCGAGAAGGCUUUUAUGCUCUUACGUCAGAAAGGAGAUCUCUUCAUCACACUCUUCACUAUGAUGCUCUCCACUGGUAUUCCUGAACUUAGGACGAUCGAUGACAUUCGCUACAUCAGCAAUGCUCUUUGUCUUUCUAAAAAUGAUGACCAGGCAAAGGAGGAUUUCCGUAAGAAGUUGGCAGAGGCUGUCAAGCAUUCUUGGAGUGUCAGUAUUAACUGGUAUUUCCAUAAUGUGGCACGUACUGGGAAUUAAACUCAAAUUUACUCAAAUUUAUUUGUUAUUUUCUCAAUUGUUUUUUUAACAUUUUAUUUUUUGUAGCUCCCCACUUAUACAAUGACUAGUUGUUUGUUUUUAUACCCAAUAUUAUUGUUGUUUUGAUUUUAUUUAA